CACAUCCUCCAGAGAAACCGGCGAGCGGGGCUUCCUGGAAGCUGCCGUUGACCCCCGACCCGGAGGCAUAACUAGGGUGUAGGGGGGGCGGCCUGUAGUGUAGCGCCCCUCGACUCCCGAGCAGCAACCAACCAGCAACCGAGCCAGCCAUGUCGCCCACCCCUGCACCGGCCGCCCGCGCCGGCGAGGAGCUGCCGUCCACUGAGGUGGUGGUGGUCCGGCACGGCGAGACCGCGUGGAACGCCUCCCGCGUCGUCCAGGGCCAAAUGGACCCGGAGCUGAACGAGGCCGGCAGGCGGCAAGCCGUCGUGGUGGCCCGCCGGCUGUCGAGAGAAGCCAAGCCCGCCGCCGUGUACUCGUCUGAUCUGCGGCGAGCCGCCGAGACCGCCGAGACCAUCGCGAGGGCCUGUGGCGUAUCAAACGUGGUGCUGACGGAGGCGCUCCGCGAGAGGCACAUGGGGUACCUGCAGGGCCUCAGGUGGGACGCCGCGGUGGACAAGAGCCCGGACUCCUUGCACAUCGUCAAGGUCAUCGAGGGCUCUGACCCCGACAGCAGAAACCAGGAGCUGCCCGGCGGUGGAGAGAGCCUGAACCAGCUGAACGAGCGUUGCGUCUGCUUCCUGAACAAGAUCGCGCAAGAACACGCCGGGGAGCGGGUGGUGGUGGUCUCCCACGGCGCAGCGAUACUGGAGCUCUGCCGGCACACCGACCCGCCGGGCAGCUGCGUCCGCAGGCACGUCCCCAACACCUCGCUCAGCGUCUUCCGCGUCUCCGCCGCCACCGGGCAGUGGGCGCUCGAGAGGUGCGGGGACGUCGGCCAUCUCAAGGGAGACGGAGACGGAGACAGCUUCCUGGAGGGCUCGUUCGGGGGCGACGGGGCCUCGGCGUAAACGUACGUACAGGCCGAUCAGCCGAGAGCUCGCACCAGUCUUCCUUUGGAUCGAACCAUUCUUUGGUUCCGAUGCUGUUUGGAGCUUGUAUUCCAUUGUUUUUCAAAAAGAGAACCAACCAUUGGAGUUUGAAACGUUGAUCAAUUUGUGGUUUACAGCCUUUUGCUGUAGCGCCAUGCAUGGCGUUUGACAAAACUGCGGUAUCUCUGAGAAAACUGUCUUCAAACAGCGUGAUGCAUAGCUCUAUCAAUCUGUCAUUGCCU